UAUUCGUGUCAUUCCACCUGUUACCUCGCAACACCCGCGUGGGCGAAAAAAAAAACAGGCAUAAUAUUGUAAAGAGUCACGUUUAUUUUAGUUCGUAACGAAUGCUGUUUGCUCUUCAACUCUUUUGGUAUGCUUUUUAUAAAAAAUACCAGAAAUUAAACAUUUAAAAUGAAGCAGCAAGGUUUCUAAGUUCAUUGCCAACCUCAAGGUCCACUAUAUUUUGCUUACAUGAAAUAAUAGUGAAUAAUUUCAAAAUAUCCAAAUCAAACAUGGCGGCGAAGAAGAGCGGGCGAAGAUGUCAAGGCGAACUGAAUUUUAUGUCUGCUUCGUUCAACCCUUUGUUAGCAUUAUACAGCAAGAACCUACAGCCUCCUUUUCCGAAUGCACGUAUACUCAACACCAUUUGCGAGUACGCAAAGUCUUUGAAAGAGGUAAAAAAUGAGGAGAAAGACAACGAUGUCGCAAACAGGUUGAAGAAUAUAGCAGAGAACAGGUUGGCGAAGCUACGCAAUCGUAAGCGAGAUCCUAGCAAGUUGGAGCAUUUGAUGAAAGUGAAAAGCCAGACUGAUGGCAUCGUGGAAAAAGUCACCAUGUUGGAGAAGGCAAAAAGAAAGGGAAAACAGAUGAACGUCUUAGAAAGGAUGGAAGUGAAAUACAAGGAAGGUCCUCUGAGUGUGCUGUACAAUUGCAUAGAAAAAAAGGCAAAGUUGAAGGUCUGGACACGGAGGUUAAAUGGGUUGCGUGGAGUUUGCGUUGGAUACCUUGUGGCGUUUGAUAAACACAUGAAUCUGGCCAUGAUGGAUGUCGACGAGAUGUUUGCAAUCGAGGAAGAAGUUAUAGUUGACCCGGCUGAGGAAAUGAUGGAGUCUUUGGAAAGAAUUGAGCGAAAGAAAGAGAAGAAAAGGAAAUGGCGAAGAAAGAAACGAGAAACAUUAAGACAGCGAGGAAAAGGGGAAGGCGAGGUCUUGAGUGUGGAAGCGAUCAAAGAAGAAAGUGGAAAUGUGAACUUUGAGGGUAAAGAAUGUUUCUCUAGCAAUACUGAUGGUGUGAGUUUUGACAACAAAACCACAGCAGAGAAUUGUUCUACCCCAUCGCUUGAUUCAAAUACGGACGACAACGAAGAUAGUGGGAGGAACGAUAAUUUGGGGGAGGAAACUCCAAGUUCAACUUGUGAAGUUGAUCUUGGAGAAAGGAAAGAGACUGCUACUAAUAUGGACGUGUCGAAUUCUGAUCUAAGUAAGGACAAUGAAAGUUGCAAAAUAGUUACGAAGGAUAUUGAUUUUGUCGACUCAAAUUUGGAGCAGAAACAGGACGAGUUGUGUCAAAUUGAAAUUGUCCAAAAUGACAACAGAGAGGCUUUAGAAAAUGAUUUUCAAAGAUCAGAACCGAGUGAUAUCGCUAUAAAAAAGGACUCCAUUGAUAAGAAAGAAACGGGGGAUUUACCCAGUAAUUCUUUGGAAAAAUAUACACCUCUGACACGAAGUCCUUCAAGAGAUAUGGCAAGUAAAACUGAUCAAAAAAGAAAAGCUUUUUGCCGUGGUGUGGGAGAGAUGGAGCUGGCAAAAAAGAGUAGCGAUUCAGGCGAAAUUUCUGCAAGAGAAAUGGAAAGCCAUGGUGAUGUUAGCUUGACGGAGACGACAAGUAAUCAAGUUACAAUUUUUAAUAUUUUAGAUGAAGUACAAGGAACGGAAACCGAACUAAAAAAAGCUGAAACUUUGUUGCCAAAUGAGCAGAAUAAUGACUCAUAUGAAUGCAAGGCAAGCGCUGUUUUGCAGAGUAAUGUAUUAGCCAUGGAGUUUGACGAAGGAUCUCAGGAUUCGACUGUAUUUGAUGAGACAGUUUCGCGAGAGAGCUCAGCGUUGUUGGAAACAGUCACCUUGCAUCAUACGAUUACGUACGGUAUGGAAGAGAGUGUGGGUGCAAUGAAGCACCUGCCUUGUGAAGAGGUGGUUGGUGAUUAUAGGGAGAGUGAUAAUGAAGCAGAUGGUGGAGGUGGUGAUAACCUCGAGGUUGGUACUGUGAUGAGUAUGGUUGCUGAAGAAGAAGGUAACAACAGCCAAGUUGGUUUCUCUUAUGAUGACGAUACUGAAGAUAAUAAAGAGAUUGUUGAUAGUUCCAUGCCUGAGGAUAGUGAGGGAACAGUGGAGAACAAUGAGGAAACGGUAGCGGAUGAUGAGGGAACGGUUGAAGAUAAUGAGGGAACGGUUAUGGAUAAUGAGGGAAUGGUAAAGGAUGAGGGAAGGGUUGAGGAUAAUGAGGGAACGGUUGAGAAUAACGAGGGAAUGGUAAAGGAUGAGGGGACGGUAGAGGAUAAGGAACGAAUGGUAGAGGAUAAAAAGGAUGAAUAUGUUGAUAAGCGUGUUGAAGAAACCAACGGUGAAGAGAAGCAGCCUAAAAUAAUUGAAGAAGAGUUGAUCAAGUCUACGCAUGAUUCUCAAUCUUGUAAUGUUCUGGAAAUAACGAAACAAGAAAACAUCAAAGAAACAGAAGAAGAACUCAGAAUCAAGGACGAGUCUCAUGACGAUUGCUCUGAUUUUAAGGAAGAUGAGAAUAGAAUGGAACAGCGGUUUCCUGAUGAUGCAGAAGCGAAAUCUACCAUUGGCUCUGAAUCAGGUGAUAUCAUUGAUACGAGAAGAGGAGAAAAUGUUGAUGAGAAAGAGGAGGGGGAACUGAGUUCCAGUGAUGUCGAAAAAAGCGUGGAAGAAGAGUGCAAACCGUUUAGACAGGAUAUCAAGAAGUUGGAGAAUGUUUCAGCCCUUAAAUCGCACGAGAAAUCUAGUACUCGUCAAAAAACUAACAAUAACUCUUCCAAGACGACAUCAGAAAUUAAGAGCAAUGAAAGCACAAGAAGAAGACGUUCAGUUUCGUCUACGAAAGAAAGCAGUUGUGAAACAAAUUCUAAAAGAACUGAGAAAGCUGUUAACGAGAAACGUAAAUCAAAUAUUCCCAAAGAAAGGAGACAAAGUCUUGUUGACAAGGAUGGUCGUUCCUCAAAGAAAGACGAAGAUAAGAACACUGUCAAAAGCAAGAUAAUAGAUUUAAGUAAAGGAAGAAGGAGUGAGAGACGAAGCUCUGGAAAUGACGAGAGAAGAAGCUCGGUUCCGGGACUUGAUUCUUCAACAAGUACAAAACAUGUCGGAAGUAAAGAACCCAUAAAAAGAUGGACAAGAUCUUCAAGAAAGGAUAAACACAAUGAGAAGAAUGAAGCAGAGAAGAAGGUGGACAAUGAUAGCAGUCUGCGGAGAGGACGAAGUGACACUCGGGAGAAACAACGAAAUCCGACAGAGAAGGUCAAAGGAUCUGGUGAAAAAGCAAGUAAAGAGAAAACCAAUCUGCGAAAGGUUAAAAGUUCUUCAGAAUCGAACUUGUCAAGCAAGAAAAAGUUAGACGAAACGCAAGGGACCCAGGUCAAGUUCGCGCGAAGGUCCUCACAAGGAUUAUCAAGAAAUGAAGAUCUUUGUAAGAGUAAUACACGAAGGAGUGGUGCGGAGUCUUCGAAGGAACGUUUUUCAAGCACCAGGAAAGACGCUAAGAGCAAAGGCGAAGAAACGCAAAGCAGGGGAAAGAAUUCCAAGACAAUUAGAAAAGAUUCUGAGACGAACAGCAAAGGGGAUAAUAAGAAAGGCAAGAGUGAGAAAUCGACCAAGUCUAAGACGAGUUCUGAUACAAUGAAGAUGGAAAAUAUAUCCGGUCAAAAAGAAGAAGAGAAGAAAGAUUCAAAGGGGAACUCAAAAGUGGAAAAUAAAACAAGCAAAAAGAAUGAAACAGGAAAGAAAUCUGAGUUAAAACGAGAGAAUUCUGGUUUGAAAAGUCGAGAGAAAUCUUCUAAUGAUCGGAAUGACUCGUCCUUGAAGAAGGGUGAUUUCAACAAGUGUGUGAAAACAGGAGACAAGAGUUGUGCACCGAGGAAAGAUAGUUUAAAAGACGAGACCAGAAGCAAGUCCGAUGUGGAAGAUACAAAAACAAAGAGUUCUUCUCAAAACGACAAGCAUGCACGACACUCGGGUAGUACAAGGAUCGUUAAAGAAACUGGGAAAAACGUAAAAAGUUCAAGUAAGGACGGUGAAGAAUGUGUUGAUACGACUAAAUGUUUGCGAAGCAGUUCGGCUAAAAAACUCUGCGAGUUAAAAGAAGGGAGUCUGAAGAAGGAUGUUAAUAAUUCAGUCAAACGAAAAGAUGGUAGUUCAAAGACAACUGACUCUUGUAAAACCACAAAAGCUCAGACUAAGGUGUUUUCUGAGGAAAAAUCUUCGGCUAAAAAGAAACAAAAUGUGGAUGAUAAAUGUAGAAGCAAGUUGGAAAGAAAAGAAGCAGGUGAAACAGUGUCCCAGGAAAGAGAGAGAUCAACACAAUCCAAAACAUCAAAAGAAAAAGCUGAGGAAUCACCACCGUCUGCGAGCUCAAAACUCAACGAUUCAUCGAAGCAGGAUCACAAAGAAAAUGCGGAGAGAUUCUCGGGCAAAAGAAAAAGGGAAAUCACUCCAGAACGAAAACAAAAAACCGCAAAAUUGGACACAAAGAUAAAUGCUGUGAAAACAAAGCAAGCAAAACUACCAGGAAAUGUCGUUACUGUUCGUAUUUUAAAAGUUGACCGAGUUCGUGGAAAGGCACUUGUGUUGAAAAACCGCCAUAUCAAUCAACUGUUUAUAAGAGGAGAUAAUAUUAUUAUGGUCGCGUACGAUAACCUAGAAGCGACUGAAGUUAAGAUAUAA